AUGAAAGUCCUAACGGUACAAGAUAAGUCUGGCGCUGAAAACAGUGAGCCCACAGUUGAACUGGUAGACGUUAAGCUGACCAAAGAGGAAUUGAACAGAGGAUGUCCCCUCGGCGUCUCUCGCGUCACUGGUUCUGUAUAUGUAUGCGGAGCCCAUGCUCUACCUGGAGCCGUAAAGGCGCUUCGCCCUGGCCUGGUUAUUAGUGCGGCGCCGGAGCUACCCCCGCCGCCUGAAGAUUGCGUCCCCAGGCAUUUUGUGCCCUUGCUCGAUACUCCAAAUUCUGACAUGCACCCUUAUAUGGAAAGGGUUGCGGACCUUAUUAAUGAAGUGGUCAAACGAGGAGAAGUGGUAUUAGUCCACUGCGUGGCCGGUGUGUCCCGAUCAGUUACUUUGUGCCUGGCGUACCUUGUGAAGUGGGAGAGAAUGACGUUAAGGGACGCAUACCACCAUCUUAAACAAAGACGACCGCAAAUCCGACCGAACACGGGUUUCUUCAAACAGUUAAUAAAAUUCGAGGAGAGGCUCUUCAGUGAAGCAUCAGUGAAGAUGGUGUACUGUGAGGCCAUAGACAAGGAGAUACCCGACGUGUAUGAGCCCGACUACACCGCCAUGACGUGGUUUAGACAACGAUACGGUCCCAUUGAAAGAAGCUGA